AUGUUUUUUAUUUGGUUGAUGUUGGCUCUGGCCAUUUACAAUACAACAGCGGAAAUACCCAAAGAUCUAGAAGUUUUAAUUGAUUUGAGCGACCAGGUAUCAAACCUGAGAAACAGUGGUCCAAGAAUGCUGGUACCGGAUAACCUCGGGAAACGGAGUAAAGGAAGAAUGAGUACAAUUGCUUUAUUACUAAAUCUUAUCAACUGCUUCAGCAUCGAUGGUUUAACAGCUAAAGAUAUCAAAAACAAUAUAAAUCUAAUACAGACUAAUGUUGUGAAAGCCCCACAAGAAACUUUAAGAAAUGAUCCAAGUAACAAAACAAUUAAGGAAAUAUAUCUUAAUGUAAGAGAUGCAUCAAAGGUCCCAUUGGCUGAAAGCCAUAGAAAUAGACCAAAUGAUGUUUUAAAGGUGAUACUAGAAAGAAAUAGAAAUAGUUAUAGUAAAUAUAAAGAACUUAAAUCUCAUCCAGACUUUUCGCAUACAGCAGAAGCUCUAAAAGAUAUCAAUUAUGGAUCAGAAACAGAUUCACGGUUCAACAAACGUGAUAUUUUGGAUAUUGUGACACUACCAAUACUUAAAGAAGUAGAAAAACGAAAGCUUAAAAUAUAUCCACUUAAUACAAAAAAUGUGGAUAAUAAAGAAAGCCUGAAAGAUAUCAAUCUUCAAGGUUCAAGAAAGAAUUUUGAUUUGAUAGAUUUUAUAAAGUCUCGGAAUGUACGAAAUAAAGCUCAUACAAAAAAUCUAACGGAAAUACCAGAGAAAAUAUUCAGGAAUAAACUGGGUGGGUUUAAUAAUUUUGCAUCGAUACUGUUGUCUGGCAAUGAUUUUGAUUUUUAA